AUAUCACAUAGACAUUUAUCUCAUCGUACGGAACGACAUUUUCUGCAUCGGUCAAUGGAACAGAUGUCGGAAUCUUUGAGCGAUAGUUUUUCAACGUGUGAUAGCGAGGAAGAUGCGGAACUGUGCCUAAGUUUUGAGGACAGGAGAGGGAGGGUAUCCCCCAACAGGGAACAGAACGAUGACACGCCCAAACAAGUGACCCCCUUCUCCGUGGCUGACAUCCUAGAUCCCAACAAGUUCCGUGGAAAGUCUGACGUUUCAACUUCAAGCAGUGUUGACGGAGAGGGCAACACGCCUUUGACAGAUGACGAAGACAUCACUGGUGACGUCAGCGACAUGGAUCGCGACGACUGUGAGGAUAGCCCCGAAAAACGUCAACGUAUAGAUGAAAACGGCAACCACGGUCAAGGUAGCCUUGGGGGGUCAAAGGUCGGCAAACCUCGAAGGGCAAGGACGGCCUUCACAUACGAACAAUUAGUCGCUCUUGAGAACAAGUUCAAGACGACGCGAUAUCUGUCUGUGUGCGAAAGACUAAACCUCGCUCUGUCUUUAUCUUUGACAGAGACUCAAGUAAAAAUCUGGUUUCAGAAUAGACGGACAAAGUGGAAGAAGCAAAACCCAGGUCUAGACGUAAACAGCCCAACGGUUCCUACUUCACCAACCAUUCCAAUCGGUCAGGCGUAUCCACUCGCCUACGGCGCCCAGAGUAUUUAUCCAGGACAUUUGCAAUCUUUUCAUUCGGCUGCCAGCCUCGUUCCCGGAUUUUACCUAUCCCAUAAUUCUCCAUUCCAAGGUGCACAUCCGGCUUUGAACCAUUGGUGACAAAGAAAUCA